AAGUUGGUCAGGAAGCUGUCAGACUAAAAUCGAAACCGUCCCAACUUUGAGAGGAACACUUUCUCCCUUUCUCCCUUUCUGCAGCUCGUCUUUAAAUCUACAGCAGGUUUUUUGGGCUGAUAAGAUGCAGAGCACUGCAUACGGGGCGUCGUUGGCUGGCGGUGCUUUUGACUUCAUCAGUUUUCUAAAACAGCCUCAAACCAUCCUGCGAUGCCUGAGCUGGUUAUUCUCCAUCGUGGUCUUUGCGUCCAUCACAGCAGAAGGCUACGUUAACCCGUUAAAGGAGUCAGACACAAAAUGCAUGUUCAACAACAACGACAGCGCCUGCAGCUACGGGGUCGGGGUCGGAGUCCUGGCCUUCUUGGCUUGUGUCAUCUUCCUCAUACUGGACGCCUACUUCCCAAAUAUCAGCAAUGCCAAGGAGAGAAAGUUCAUUGUUAUAGGAGAUUUGGGCUUCUCAGCUGCGUGGACGUUCCUGUGGUUCGUCUGCUUCUGUGUCCUGGCCAGCCAGUGGUCCAAAACCGCUGACGUGUCUGCCGUCGCUGGUGAUGCCGCCCGCGCCGUCAUAGCCUUCUCCUUCUUCUCGAUCAUCACCUGGGGUCUCUUGUCCUACUUUGCAUUUGGAAGGUAUCGCCAAGGUGUCAGUGAGUUUGACCAGGAGUACAGAGACCCAGCCAACGACCACAAUUCUCCGUACCCACCCUCUCCGUACUCCAGCGGCCCCACAGGCUACCAGCAGUCGCCUUUUUCCCACAACCAGGAGCAGCCGGGAGACUACCAGCCUCCAGCUUAUUGAAGGACUGAGAUUUAAACACACGAAUCCAACAGGGCAGUUUGCUUCUUUUUUUUUUUUUAAAUAAAAAUGUGUGCCAAUGGUUUCAUUAACAGCUCCGAUUGUUCUCUUGAACUCCCAUUUACUUCCUGCAGAACACGUUUGCAUACUUUUGGCUGCACUGAUGUUUUUUUUAGAUCAUUACAUUGUUGUGAGUUGUGUGGUGGAUGUUUGCUGUGUUGUUCAAAGUGCCACACGGAGCAGGUGAAGAUAUUUUUUGUUGUUGUUUGGAGAUUGUCUUGGUAAGAGAGAGAGAAAUGAGCGUGCCAUUGUUGUCUUUAUACCAAACCAGCUAUUUCAGUGCCCCUUUUUUGUUUAGCUUAUGAGUGCGAGCUGUUAACUUCAAAGCACUAAUCAACAAACAGGUUAGGAUUCACUUUGUCGCCGGGAAAUCUGCUUUGCAUUUUUAAGAUGGACAAAAGAAUUUUUUUUUAAUGAAUAUGUUAGUAUUUAGCACAUAUAAAUAUCUUUUCUUUACUCUGAGAUUCACACACAGCAGGUAACUUAGCAAUGCAGUUCUGUACAUACUGUUUUUUCGACCACCAAACAAACCCAUAUCAUUUAAUCAAUGGGUGCAAUGAACAUGUUCCCUCUAACUACUGUUGCUCUUUUUCUUAAUAAUCAACCACUUGAAAAUGGCUUUUAUGCACUGAAAAGCACAAUUCAUUCAUUCUUUGGGGGCAGUUAAUUGCCAAUAUCUGAUCUGAGAUUGUUAGUUUUUUAUGUUUUAAAUCCAAUUCUGCCACAAUAACUUCUUAAUGUUAGUAUUUAAGGGUUUUUAUUUUAAGGUAGCCAAACCAUUGAUUUGUAUCAGCUACCUCUGUAGAAGUUGAAUGGGCCUUUCUUGAGUUCACGUAUCCAAUUCAGCCAUAAUUUGGUUUCAGGAAUUCAGUGAUGUUGUGGUAAAUUGAUAUAUUUAUUAGCUUACUUAAUCCUUUCAGUCUGGGUACAUGACAAUCGAGCUGUAAUUUGUUUACUCUUUCCUCUUGCUUUUCUUACACUGUAGUUGCACGUGUUGCAGUUUCACUGUUGUGCUCAAUGGCUUUACAAUAAUUAUUAAAGUGCCUUUAUACAGUGUUCUGUAUCACACAGGGGGGGUGUGCCAAAUAAAAACUUUUGUCGUUUUGAA